AAAAAUCAUAAAACGAAAGAUCUCCAAAAAAUCUCCGACACUUCACAUUAUGCCUUGUCAGUGAGAACAGAUUUCUACGGAGCCCGUAGAAAGAUUAAACAAAAACACCAAAACAACAUGACAGACAAGGGGCUAGACCAGUUUCAAACGGUUUGGCAGGAGCGCAAGAUUCGCAAUCCGUCGAAGCCAAGGCCCCAACAGGAUAAUACGGAGUAUCUACAACCACCACUGGUCCUAGCACAAACAUCACCACAGAAGCAGUCUACAGAGGAUAAACCGAAGUAUCCUAAACCACUACUGAUCUUUCCCCAACUAUCACCACACAAGCAACAGAACCAGCAUGUGCCACAGGAGCCCUCCAAACCAGAUCAACCAAAGCUUCAGAAACCGAUUAUGGUCAUACCACCCCACCAGCAUACCCCAAAGGAACCGCAGAAGUCACCACAGAAGCCGCUCCAGCACCGGGCCCACCAGCAGAUGCAGAACCAGCAUGGGAGGCAGCACCAGCCGAAGCCGCAGCAUCCAACGCAAACCCAGGCUAAGAAUAAAAUAAUAUUGAUCUCACCACAGGUCCAAUUUCGAUCAUCGCCUCGGCAGCCGCAGCCUGAGCCGGAGCAGGCGCAGCAGCCGAAUGCAGAAGAGCAAGAAGAGCCUUGUGGCAGUUAUGAUAGUUACGUAUCAAACACUAGCACCCGGCAGGAUUUGAUAGGUGCGGUUGUGGGAGGAAGAUACCGUAUUCGAACCCGCAUUGGCAAUGGGUCCUUCGGGGAACUUUAUCGGGCCAUAAACCUCAGAGACGGCGAGGAAGCGGCCGUGAAACUGGAGUGCUGUGAUACUAAAUAUCCAAUGCUCAUGCAAGAAGCCCGAAUCUAUCAUGCUCUGCAGGGAGGUGUGGGUUUUCCGAAAAUGCACCACUAUGGAAUCGAGGGAGAGCACAAUGUACUAGUUCUCGAUUUGCUGGGAUCCUCGCUGGAAGAACUUCUUAAUUUGUGUUCUCGCAGAUUCUCACAGAAGACCACUUUAAUGCUGGCGGACCAAAUCCUCGACAGAGUGGAGUUCGUUCACCUCAGGGGCAUCAUCCACCGGGACAUUAAGCCGGAUAAUUUCCUAAUGGGUCUGGGACGUCAUAGAACACAGGUCUAUAUGAUUGAUUUUGGACUCGCUAAGAAGUACUAUAGUUCACGAAAACAUCACCACAUCGCCUAUACGGAGAACCACGAUUUGGUGGGCACAGCACGUUAUUCCAGUAUCCGUGCCCAUUAUGCAGAGCAGAGUCGUCGGGAUGAUUUGGAAGCCAUUGGAUAUAUGCUGCUAUACUUUCAACGGGGUCGUCUUCCCUGGCAAGGCAUCCGGGCACAGACGCAGGCCCAAAAGUUCGAAAAGAUCGCAGAGUCAAAGUCAUCCCUGCCUCUAAAUGUCCUAUGCUCGGGCUUGUCUAUUGAAUUUUUCCUGUACCUUCGCUAUUGUCGAAACCUUAAGUUCCAAGAAGACCCGGACUACGGGUAUUUGAGGCAUCUUUUCAAAAGCCUUUUCCGGAUUAACUAUCUCAUUUACGACUUUCUCUAUGACUGGAUGUGUCUGCAUCGGGAAAGGAAAAGAUUGGAAAUGGCUAUACGGAAAAAAAAAGGGAAGGCGAACGAUAAAAGCUAUCACUGGGAUUGCCGUUUAAUAGCCCUAAAAAAUUCCUCAAAUAUCAGAGAAGAUUUCAAAAAUCGAGACAAGGCAAAAGAACAGUGCGAAAGAGAGUGCGAUAGAUGUCAUGAAAAAUGUGAAACGAACUCCUUUGAAAGAAAUUGGACUGAACGUAGGGACAAAGCUAGAAAUAGAUUUAGAUAUAAUAAUAGAGGUAGCGAUAUAGAUACGGAUCGAAAAAGAGAUACCAAUAGAGAUAAAGAAAAUAAUAAAGAUAUAGAAAGAGACAGAAAUGUAGACCGAGAUAGAGUAAGAAACAGAGGUGAAGAUACAGUUAAAAAUAUAGAUAGGGACAGAGACAGAAAUAGAGGAAGAUAUAGAAGUAGAGACAGGGAAAAUGAAGGAUGUAGAUCUAGAGAUAGACGUAAAUCUGGAGGUAGAGAUAUAUCUGCAGAGAAUGGUACAGAUAGAGCUACAGAUAGAUACAAAAGCAGAGAAAAAUACAGGGACAGAGACACAACUGGAGAUAGAGAAAAGUCUGGGAAUAAAGAUACAGAUAGAUAUAAGGAUAGAGGGAAAAUCAGAUAUAGAGAACGAACUGGAUCUCGAGAUAAAUAUAAAACCAAAGAUAGAGAAAGAGGUGGAGAUAGGUCGCUAGACAGAGAUAGAUCUAGGAAUCCUGACUACGCUAGGAGUAGCGAUCGUAUCAGACACAAGGAUAGAAAUAGAGAAAGACAUAGAACCAGAGAAAGAGAUAGGACCAGAGAUCGAGAAAGGGAUUUAAAUAAGGAGAGAUAUAGAUCCAUGGAGGGUCAUAGAGAAAAAGAUAGAGAUAGGGAGCGAUGUAGAUGCAAAGAGUGUGAUAGGGAAAAAGGUCGAGAAAAGGAGAGAUGUAGAUGUAAAGAGUGUGACAGAGACAAACAUCGAGAUAAGGAGAGAGACAUAGGUAGAGAGAGAUAUAAAGAUAGAAUUAGGAACAGAGAUAGGGAUAGAGUUAAAGAUAAGGAUAGAGAAAAGGAUAGAAAGAAUGAGCGGGAUCGCAAUCGAAUCUCUCGUGACAUCCAUCAUACGAUCAAGAAUCGCAGGGCCUUCUCCUACGACUCGAAAAGGUUUCCGAAACCUUUGGGUGACCACCAAGUGAAGAUGCACACCGAGCGCCGACGGCAUCCGUUGCCGGAUGGGAAGAGGGAUUUCUACCCUUAGACGUCCUAUAAUUAAUUAUUACUUUGUUCCAAUGGUUGUAUGUGGCUGCAUAUUUGCCUUUGACAUGACUUAGCCCGUUUACCCGCCACCUUCAAUCUCCUUUCUUUGCGAAAUCAAUGGCUCGCGUAAUUGGCACCCAAGUUGGAAGCCAGCUGGAAACUUUGCAAACAACCGGCGCGCCAAUAACUUUGUGUAUGUGCGAAUUAAUGUAAGGAGAAACUGAUACCUGUUACACAAUUUACAUCCAUAAUGCAGCCUAGUUGAAAAAUCUGUGAAUAGCUUAUAUUAAAUUGUGUGAAAUUGCAUAUUGUUUUAUGCUUAAACUUUCAAUAAAUUCAAGAAGUAAA